AUGAAGAUUCGCAUACGUGGCCCUGGAGGCCAGUCUACAAUUUCCCUUGAUGAAAGCGCCACCAUCCAUGACCUACAGGCCCAGAUCAGCGAGAAAACAGCAUUGACAUCGUAUGAUAUCAAGUACGGCUACCCUCCUAAGCCGCUCGACCUCUCCCAGCUGGACCCCGCUCGGUCCAUCACCGAAAUUGGAACGAAUCUUAGUGGAGAGCAGCUCAUUAUUAGCAAGAAGGGGGGAUCUACGACGGGCACUUCAGUCAGUUCGGGCCAGCAACAGCAGCAACAAUCUGUUAUGACGAACACUGCUUGUCAGAUAGAUUCGAAUAGAGCCGCGCAGAAAAUUCAGCCAGCAGCGAGAAAUAUCUCGAAACCGCUAUCACUGUCCCGCAAGGGCAACACCGCCGUUGAAAAUGACCCUCCCGAGAUCCCAUCGCCGGAACACGGUGGUACGGUUGUCCUCCGCAUAAUGCCCGAUGAUAAUUCCUGUCUAUUCCGAGCGGUUAGCAGCGCAGUGAUGGGCGCAAUGGACGCAAUGACCGAGCUGCGGUCGGUAGUUGCGCAAACAAUCCAAGAACAGCCAGAUGUGUAUUCAGCAGCGGUACUAGAAAAAGCCCCAGAUGACUACUGCCGAUGGAUCCAGACGGAGGACUCGUGGGGCGGCGGGAUCGAAUUAAGCAUCCUGAGCAAACGCUUUGACAUCGAAAUCUGUUCCAUAGAUGUACAGUCGCUACGCGUUGAUCGCUUCAACGAGGGCCCGCCGACAAGGUGCAUCGUGGUGUAUUCGGGCAUCCACUACGACGUCAUCGCGCUCUCCCCGUCCGAUGAGCCGUAUACGCAUGCAUAUGCGCCACCAGAAUUCGACACGAAGAUAUUCGAUUCAGAGGACCCUAUUAUCUUGGAACGGGCUCUGGCGCUAUGCAAGAUCCUGCAGGUUGCAUUGCCGUCAGAACCUGACAAGCCUUUUACUAAAAACAGAAUCUAUGAGAUAUUUUCUCUCCAAAUUCAAUUUUCAUUGGCCGACAAGGUUCCAAGAAUUUUUGAAUGUCGAGAACUUUUAGCAUACCCAAUCGUGCUACUUCCAACGCAGCAACCCAGUAGCUCUAUCAAAGAGCCGUCUCACCGUGACCCAAUUAUUUGUCUUAUAUCCAGAUACUUCCACUCCUACCCGCAAAGCUCCCCUCGACUAAGGACUCCACGGUCGAGUUAUCACAACAAGGAAGCUGAGAAGCAUGAAGAGAAAUAUCGAGGGAAAUAUGCCGACUUUCAAAAGACUGAGGAUCGACCUGUCAGUAUUGUGCUUUCCCUCGAAACAUUUCCGCAAGCAGAACUGACCAUGGCUAUGCCCGACGUGAGAUGUUCCAACACUUGGCAAAAGCAGGAGAAAACAAGAAAGCUGCUGAAACCUGGAAAAAGUGGAAACGAAUACUUCUUCGUCGUAGGGAGUACGAAGAAGCUUUGCUCAAUCCCUUAUCUGAUACGCAAACUUGCUACUGUCCCGGCCGCAUCAUUCGGCCAUUAUGGGGACAGAAGCGACCGGCUGGCUUUCGCGACACAUCCAAUCGCCCGGCCCGGCUAUGAUGAUGAUGCUUUGCCGGUGAUCUCACCUUGGUUACAAGCAUCAGGUAACUUAACUACUAACUACCCUGACUGGUUUCUCCUCGUCUUCCGCGGAAGAGAUCUCACCAACAAUCGACCUGUAGUACACUUCAUGGCAUCCUCGUUCUCGGGUGCCUCCUCCGUGUUCGACACCCUAAAACCCCGGUCCUCUCUUGGCUCCGCCAUGUCAAACAACCUCGACGACGGAGUAGUAGCGUCACUUGGCACCACCACCACGACGGCUAACACCAUUGCUUCCGCCGUUCCCGAGAAAGCUCCAGAUGAUUCGUCAAAGUUAAAGACGUUCUUAGGGAUCCUGAGACAGUUCAUCGGUGUCUCGGAUAUCGCGACCGUUCGUUUCUCUCUCCCAGCCCAACUCCUCGAGCCAACUCCGAAUCUAGAAUAUUGGAAUUACUUGGAUAGACCGGAAACAUUUGUUAGCAUUGGAAAAUCUGACGACCAUCUCGGCCGGAUGCUGGAAGUCCUGCGGUUUUGGUUUACAAAGGAUCUCUGUAACUGGGAAAUAGAAGAUACUGAAAACCCGAUCGCCACCACCGCUCACACCUCCGCCGCCUCCACCACUUCGGCAGCUAUCAGUGGCGGUUCAGAGCGAGUGAAAAUAUCUUACUUAACCGAACAAACCUCGCACCACCCACCGGUCUCCGCCUUCUAUGUCGACUGCCCCCAGCGGGGCAUCACUGCCCGCGGCUUUGAUCAGAUUAGCGCCAAGUUCACUGGGACCAGCAUCCGCGUGACCCCUGGACAGCAUAACCUAGGUAUAUUCAUAACCCUGCGGGACCGGGGCAAUGAAGAAUACCAACUCACGCAUCCAGCGGCACACUUGGGCGGCCUGCUGCGCGGCUCACUUUCCAUCACAGUUUCAGACACAUGCUUCAUUACCUGCGCGGAGACACGCAUAAAAGCCAUCCUACAGUACCUUGAUGAAGGCUGGAUAGGUAAAGCACAGAAUAGGGUUGUUGGUAUCAUCUUCCGCUAUGAUCCGGAGAAUGAUAACCAAUUUAAAAUUAAGGACGUACCUGAGUCGGAUGUGCUGGCCCGCAUUGAAGGUUGCUGGCAUGAGAAGAUCUAUUAUACCCUAACCCCCACGGAAUCCAAUAUAUGCAAUGCGCGCAAAGGGAAAGACACGGAUGGGGGUAAAGAGAAAGACAAGGACAGAGAGAAACACCUCCUUAUCGACAUCGCUCCCCUCUUUCCAGUCUCAAAACUCAUACCACCAGAUGACCAACAGCUACCCAACGAAUCGCGCAAGUUUUGGUCUCGCGUUACCGCUGCCAUUGGUGAGAAGCAGUAUAGCCUUGCAACGAAGUUGAAGCAAGAGUUGGAGGAGAAGCAGAGACAGCUGGCUUCUGCAAGAAAGGAGAGGAAUGAGGAGUGGAAGCCGCGCUUUUUUACCGUACCCGUUGCAUCGUCGGGGAAGCCCGAACUUACGGCGGAUGGGGAGAGGCUGCUUAAGGGUUUGCACGAGGGAAAUUUCAUGCUUGAGUGGAUUGGGCCAACUGGGAAUGGAGAUACGGCCGGGAGUAUUUAG